AUGAAGCCAGGCCCCAAGAUCGGGUCUCUGCGACAUCGCAAACGCCCUCGAGAGAGUACUAUUGAGGAGGACGAGCGACCAAUCGGUACCCCUCGCCUAGACACCGAAGUCGAAGUUGACACCCUGAUGCUCCCGCCGCCUAUGCCUCGCAGCGACGCUGGCUCACCAGGGGACAGAAGGGAGCAGCCCUUGCUGACGGACACGCACCCCGUCAAGAUGUCGACGGGUGCCAAGGACCCCGAUCUAGCGUUCAUCCUGCACCCAGCACAUGAGACGUCGGCAUCAGACAAGGACGCGACGUCUCCGAGCGUAUCUGUGCCCUCGAGUCGUACCAAAGGCGCUCUGCAACGCGCGUGUUCUGUAUUGAAGAUGAGCGAAACAGUUGUGGAGACUAUGAUCAACACAUACUUUGAAAAUAUGACGGCCAUCAGUCUGUUCCACCAGCCCACAUUCCGGGACAAAAUGGCCCACAUCGCGUCUCCUACUCAAUUGAUUGCCCUCUUGGCCGCCAUGUUCACCUUUGCGGUGCGAUUUCAUUCGGGUGCGCAUGAAAGAUCCCAGAAUGACACGCACCGUCAAGCAACGUUGUACCUGAACCAAGCAGUGCGCGCGAUUGACGCGGCCCUCGACGAGUGCGGCGACUUCACCCCCCCUCUUUGCCUACUGCAGGCGUCCAUCCUCGCCGCUCAUUUCCAGCUGACCCGAGGAGUCUUAGGCCGAGCCUGGCGAAUGCUUGGAACUUGCGUAAGACUCGCAUACGAGAUGAACCUGCAUCUAGUGGACGUGCGGUGCACCUCGCCCGCCACGGACGCAGACAAAUGGUGCGAGGACGAAGAGAGACGGCGGGCCUGGUGGGCCGUCUGGGAGAUGGAUGUAUUCGCCACCACGAUCCGCCGAACCCCGACAGCUGUAGACUGGUCACAGCUCGAGACGUUCCUGCCCGUGCGUGACGAGGACUGGUUCCGCGCGACGGCGCGGCCGAGUUGUUUCCUUGAGCGUGAUCCCAUCCGGCGCUGGAAGGCGCUGGAAAGCUGUGGCAACCAGUCCGCCAAGGCGUGGUUCAUUGUGAUCAAUUCCCUCAUGAAGGAGGCGCAGCGCAUCUCGAGCCCCCGAGGCAUUCCUGGUCAGCCACCGUCGGAUCGCAUAGACGAGGCUCGUCAGCGCUUGGAAGUCAUUGCCAACGCAGUGCGUUGCUUCCAGCUGGCCCUGCCACGGGCCUUUCGAUACGACCAGCGGUAUCUGGCGUUCGACUUUGCGAACCGCCAGAUGCAUUCGGCAGUAUAUAAUAUCCACAUGAUGACCCAGCUGGCGAGGAUCAUGAUCUACCGCUAUGACGUCUUCAAGGGCCGCUUUCGCGUGGCGGUAGGCAGCCAUGAGCCUGAUCCCAUCGGAGAAGACACAAAUGUAAAUGCGGGAGAGCGUCUGGCUGGCCAGGCAUACUUUGACGCGGCGGGUGAUAUCCAGGCCCUCGUCCACCAUAGCAGCGACGACCACAUCCGUCACAUUAACCCGUUCCUGUCCAACACGAUCUGGCUAGCUUCGGCAGUACACUUAAUGCGCAGUCAGCUCUGCCGGCCUGGAAUGACCCGAUCAGUCAUUAAAUCCAGAUAUGAAGUUCUCCAUCUCACGUACAAAAAGUGCGUUCGCUUCUGGGACAUGCAUACCGCAGUGCAGCAGAACCUCGAGGCGCUGGAAGAGCAACUAGAGGAGUGGCAGGCCAAGGGACAACCCUGCAAUGAUGGAGCAAAGCAGGCGCAAUCUAGCACAAUUGCCGGGGCCCCAGAUGUCUUGCCCCAGCGGGACUUGCGCACUCCUUCAGCAUCGCUCGCCCCCCCUACGCCUCCGCCCAGUCAUCGAUUCUAUGCUAUUGACUGGCAAACAGAAGGGCUUGCGGAGGCAACAGACCCAUCAUCUUUGGAUGCGAUGGCUGCACAGCUGCUAGAUCCCAUGUUCCUUUUUGGAACUGCCUCGUCGCAAGGACUAUUGAUCGACAAUAAUUCAGGACUGGACCUAGACCUGGGAUUCUGGGGUUCCGAAUCUACAUGA